UUACAUACACCGCUGAUCCUGCAUUUCAAACGGGGGCCUUAGAAAAAUUGCGAAUGUUGCUUGAGACGGAACAAACAUCUUAUUUAUUUUUCAACUCAGAUGAGGAUCGCUUCUGUUAAGAUGAAAAUGUACCCUCAAAUUUACUUCGGACUUUUCGUGGUUGUCAGCGUCAUCAAGCCAGGCAUCAGCAGACCGUUUGCUAUCAUCGCCUAUAAGGAAUGCGUUUUAAACGGCUCUCCAGUGGAGGUAUGUAAAUCAGCAACAUAAAUCAGAUAUUAUUUGAAUAAAUCACUAUCGUUCAACAUUUUUCAUAUAUUUGUAUAUUUUUUACUUUUAUUGUCCAGAAAUUAAAAAAAAAAUAUUUUUUUCUGGUUAAACGAAAGGUAUAUUUUAAUUUAAUUUUUAUUUAAAUUUAUGAAUUUUCUUUAAAAAAAAACAAAAAAAACAACAACAACUAAUAUUCAAAUAAAUGCUGCGUAGAAACGUAAGAAUUGUGCAGACACAAAGUUGCUGAAUUUGUGGUUGGUGAGAACCCUUGUCACAUCUUGCUUGCCGUUACUAAAAAAAAAAAUAAUAAUUAAAAAUAACAACAAAAUAAUACAAUACAAAACUUUUCUAAUUGAGGAAAUUGUUUGGUUGACAAAUCUCACUACGUUCCACCCUUAAAAAAUAAUAUAUAUAAAAAAAAUGAGUGAAACGUCAGACACAAAAAAAAAAAAAAAAAAAAAGAAAAGAAAAAUCAAAAACUUAAAAAAAAUAAUAAAAAAAAAAAACAAAAUAAUAAAAUACAAAACUUUUCUAAUUGAGGAAAUUGUUUGGUUGAAAAAUCUCACUACGUUCCACCCUUAAAAAAAAAUAAAUAAAAAAAAAAAGAGUGAAACGUCAGACACAAAAAAAAAAAAAAAAAAAUGGGAGAAGAAACAUCAAAUACUUAAAUGUGUAUGGGGUGAGGGGUAUUUCCUGAGCCAGCUCAUAUCAGUUAGGCCACACAACGACCUAAUUAGUUAUACUUUUAGAACAGACAAAUCGGUUGUUGAAUUAUGUCAAUAGCUUUAAAUAACACUUUUCAUUUUGUUAGACCUGUGUUUUAAAUGUUAGCAUCACGAUUUUAAAUACAUUUUUUUCAUAACAUAUUCCGAUUUUUGUCUAACUCUUUGAUAGUAAUUAUUAAAGAAUGAACUGAAUGCAAUAAUUAACUAUAUUCGUUGCAUAUGAUUUUUCAUACUUUCAUUGGAAAUUAGACAAAGAAACUUUUUUUGGGUCUUUUUUGAAUCAUGAGAAUCCUAAUAGACUUCUGAUGCGGCUUACAAGACCCCCCAACCCCCCCCCCCCCACCCCCUGUGAUUCUGGAUUUCCAAGUCAUUCCGCAACAAGUGUGCAAUGUUCUUUUUUUACACAGAUCUUAAAUGAUCUGAAAAAAGCAAUGAUUUAAACAUGGCAGCAGUAAUUCAUUCAUAAAAGAGGGUGACAACUUCAAGACGGAGCCUUGCCUGAAAUGUCAUUUAAGGACGUACUAUUUUUUUUUAAAUUUAAAAUUACGCCUAAUACACAAGCGUUGGUUUAAAAUUUAAAACACGGUUUAAUAAAAAAGUGUAGUGUUCACUAAUUAAACUGUUCCUUUCAACACAAAUCAUAUAAUAUUCAUGAUUGUGAAGAAAACAUCAGGCUUACCUAUCGAUGCAUUAAACGAACUGAGUUUUUCAUGAAAGGUACAAAGACUUGAACUUUGAAUGUACAUUCAGUUAACAGGCAGCGUGUGGCAAAUUUUCAGACCGUCUAUCUCGCGUUGUAUCUGACCGGGGUCGGGACGCUCCCAGUCACCGGUCUAGAGGCGCCAAGCCAAGAGACCCGAAUGGGUUAAUAGAACCGCAAGGGGCAGAAUUGGGAGUGACUACCUCAGUAUUGCAGCACUUCUGAUGGAACACUCUCACCCCCCCCCCUCUCAAAUAAAAAGUGUUGAUGUUCUCUUUCAAAGAAACUCAUGCAAUGUAACUGAUUUGGUUUUUACUUUUUAUUUGUCUUAUUUUGUUGUUGAAAGAAAAAAACAACAAAAGAACUGUCUCCUUUUAAAUCAAGGUUUGGCAAAGUGUUUCAAGUGAAAAUCCCCGUUGAAGGAUGAGCACAGUGUAAGGCUAUACGAUGCAAAUGGUUUUGUCUGUUGAUCUCCUGGUUAAGGCGCACGCUCCCGCCGUUCAAAGACCACCCCCCCCCCACACACGCUUGGAGCACCACCGGUCGUAACACUGGCAAAGUUUAGCCCAACCCAAACUCCAAAUCAUUGACAGCUUGUCAAACCUUUUUCAUAGAUACACUCUCCUGUAGCUGGUCAUUAUUUCAUUCGAUGCUUUUCGGCGCAGGUUCUCUGUGACUUCGAAACACAAAUGUGUCCCCGUGAAAUGGUAUUCCCAUGAAGAAUGUCAUCCCUGUAGGGGAAAGGGAUCCUAAUGUGACAUGGGAUUCCGGGAUCCCCCACCCCCAUCCCCCCACCGUGGAAUGGGAUUCUCCCGGAAAUUCUUUUAUUUUUAAGAGAUACAUGGCAAUAGUUUUAACACUGGUAAAUAUGUUACUUUUAAUAGUUAGAUUAGUCGAUAAAUCGUGUUUUUUUUUACUUGGCUAGAUUGAAUGUUAAAAAAAGGUGUCACCCUCCACACUUCUUUUACAAAGCUAUUAUUUAUGUGUUGUUUUUUUUUCAUGAGAUAAAUUUUCCGAAUUCAAUCCGGGGAAACGACGGGUACAUGGCUAGUAUUUAAUAAUUUUAAAAAAUGCCUCAUGUCUUUUUUCAAAGAGCCCUGCACUUCAGGAGCCACAAUUCUGCCAUCCAACUUCUUUAAAUGAAAAUGAGCAGGUACUUUUAAUUUGUUGCGUUCUUCUGUUCCCAGCAAUCUGAACCUUUCGACCUGACCCCAUGCAUGACGUGCGUGUGUACGGAUAAGGAGAAUAACGUGGCGACAUGCUCCCAGCUGAUAUGUGAGGCCACGGUGUGUGAGUUCGGGUACGCGGUAACCCAGAUCGAGGGCAAGUGUUGCCCCGAGUGUGUCCAGUACGUGCGUGAUCUGUACUUGAACAUUUCAGAAUCUGAUUAUCUCAACGCUUCAGAGGUAAGGUUCGUUCCAUCAUUGGUGAACAUGGCGUACUGUUUUAACGUAUACAAAACAUCACGAGAAAUACAUUUGUUAAAUUAAAAAAAAAAACCCACAAACAUAACUUAAAUUGAUUAUUGAUUAACAUAAUUAUAAUAAUAAUAUAUUGAAAGGAAAAAAAUGUGAUCGAAUUUCAAAGCGAAUCGCAAGUGUAAAGCUAAAAAAAUGGAGGGUAUUUUCCACCCAGGACAUCACAGUUGCCUUAAGACGACCUCGAUCAUGGAAAAAUCCGUGAAAGACAUAGACAUUAAUUGAGUCAGCUAUCAGUCUCAUCUAAUAGCUAAAGACAAACACCAGACCAUCGAGCCAGGUCCCCUAAAUGGCGGUAUGGUACCCCGGGCAACGCCAGGAAGUCUGUGGCGGCGUCUCUUUUAUCGACAUGCCAAAAUUUGGAUUUACCUACCCGUCAUGGCGACUAGAACCCUGGGAGAAUCAGUAAUCAGUCAUAACUUACCAGUAUGCCUACAACUGAUGUUUAAUUAUUAAAUCGAUAAACUUGUCGUCAACAUUGCCAAUUUAGAAGUGUGAUAUAUGACAGAAUUACUGUUUUUUUUUAACCCUUGAUAAAUACUUUAACAACUUGUUUUACGUUUAAAUGAUAUAAUGAUCACAAUUACCAUUUUUUAGAAUAUUUAUCCAUUUACUAAAAAGGAUUAUGUACACAUUUACUUUAAAAAAAAAAUAUUUGAUAAUGUUAAUUUUUAUUAAAAAAAUCUUAUUUUAUCAAAAUGUUUAACACUGGAUGAGCAUAGAAUAGGUCCAGGUGCAUCUUCAAUAAUUUCGAAAGUAAAUUUUACUUUAAAAUUGUCAUACAAUUUAAUUAGACUUAUACAAAAAUAUUGUAACAAAAGGUUCUGAGCUUGACAGGUGACUCUGCAUAACAACAGGUUCUGAACUUGACAGGUGACUCUGCAUAACAACAGGUUCUGAGCUUGACAGGUGACUCUGCAUAACAACAGGUUCUGAGCUUGACAUGUGACUCUGCAUAACAAUAGGUUCUGAACUUGACAGGUGACUCUCCAUAACAAUAGGUUCUGAACUUGACAGGUGACUCUCCAUAACUAUAGGUUCUGAACUUGACAGGUGACUCUCCAUAACAAUAGGUUCUGAACUUGACAGGUGACUCUCCAUAACAAUAGGUUCUGAACUUGACGGGUGACUCUGCAUAACAAUAGGUUCUGAACUUGACAGGUGACUCUCCGUAACAACAGGUUCUGAACUUGACAGGUGACUCUCCAUAACAAUAGGUUCUGAACUUGACAGGUGACUCUGCAUAACAACAGGUUCUGAGCUUGACAGGUGACUCUGCAUAACAACAGGUUCUGAACUUGACAGGUGACUCUCCAUAACAACAGGUUCUGAACUUGACAGGUGACUCUCCAUAACAAUAGGUUCUGAACUUGACAGGUGACUCUGCAUAACAACAGGUUCUGAGCUUGACAGGUGACUCUCCAUAACAACAGGUUCUGAACUUGACAGGUGACUCUCCCUAACAACAGGUUCUGAACUUGACAGGUGACUCUCCAUAACAACAGGUUCUGAGCUUGACAGGUGACUCUGCAUAACAACAGGUUCUGAACUUGACAGGUGACUCUCCAUAACAACAGGUUCUGAACUUGACAGGUGACUCUCCAUAACAACAGGUUCUGAACUUGACAGGUGACUCUCCAUAACAACAGGUUCUGAACUUGACAGGUGACUCUCCAUAACAAUAGGUUCUGAACUUGACAGGUGACUCUCGAUAACAAUAGACUUAUUGAGUCGAUGUGUAUGCGGAGGAAAUAGUGGUAAGUUGGGUGGGUUAAUUUUGAGAAUAAAAAUGGUGGCUGCGAUGAGGUUGACAUCAUGCCGUACGUAGCAUAUUUUAAUUUAACAAACAUUCACGGGCGUUGGAAAUUGACACGGCAACCAAACCAACAAAAGACGGAAGCUUAACUUUAAUACCUUUCCAUGUGUUUCAUUUCCAGUACCAGGCUCUCAACGACAUUCCAGUUUUUGAACCGUUCAACAUCACGGAGAUGCUCAUCAAAGAAAACUUGACUAACGUCUGAUGGAAAUGGCGUCUGCUCUCAAGGGGACCGUUUCAGUUACUCACUGCAAAUUGACUUUUAAAAAAAAAAAUAAAUCAUCUCGACAACUACAAAACAAUUUAAUUCCAUAAAACAAAUCAUGUUUUUUUUAAUUUUAAUUGUUUGUAUGUCAACAUCUUUUAAAUGCACGAG